AUGGCCCAGAGGCACAGAGAUGUGAAAUUUUUUGCCGCUUUGGGUCAAGAGUGGGAUGAUCAUCUCCCUCAAGUUGCAAUGGCUUACAACACCACAGCCCAUGCCAGGUCACUUGCAGCUCCAGCGGCAUAUGCCUCUUCUCUGCGCAUGCGGCUUAGGAAAACCUACAAAUCAGCUACGGCUUUCAGGGACGGAGCCCAGCAGCGCCAGCGAAAGUCCUAUGAUCGCCGUUUCAACUAUAGCCCCUAUGCACCUGGUGACCUAGUUUUAGUGGAUGACCCAGCCCACCACCAUAAUAAGCUUGCCCCGCGCUGGAUUGGCCCUUAUGAGGUCUUAUGCCCUGUUACGUCAGCAGAAAAUCCUUUACCUGUUGUCUUUUGGGUACGUGACUUGGCCCGUCCACUGAAUAAGCCCAAAGUUCUACACUACAAUCACCUCAAACCUUUUUUUCCCUGGCCCCCACGGCACAGCUGUCCCAGUUCCACUGCCCCUCCCACCUCUUUGAUCUGUCCCUUGUGGCCUGACCCACCUGUAGCUCCUGAGCCGGCCUGUCCCCUUGCGGCCCCACCAAACAUGCUCCCACCCUCUGAGCACAGCAAAGUCUCAAAACCACCUUUACCCAACCCCUUGCCACACACCCCUCGGGCACCAACAACCUCUGCCCCCCAAGAACCUAAACAUGCUCCCCCAGGCCCCUCUCUUAUCCCUCAGGACCCAUCUCCCGGCCUAUCCCUUGCCCCCAUGGGAUCAGCUCGCCGCCAGCGUUGGUGUCUGCAGUUCCUUUUCGCGGCACUGCCUCUACUUCUCUUCGUAUCAGCAAACGGCAACACGUACGAGCGUGUGCUCCCGUCAGGUAAAAAGGUGGUCUGUGAUCGCUGUCCUCCUGGCACUCAUCUGCAUGCCGACUGCACAGACACACGCCCCACAGAACGUCGCCCCUGCAGCACAGGAUUUUACACCGAUUUCUGGAACUACAUCCCCGAGUGCCUGCCCUGUGACCUGUGUGCUCUCAACCAGGAGGAGACACAGUCAUGCACGCCCUCCCAGAACCACGUGUGCCAGUGCAAGGAGGGAUACUAUUGGCUGUCAGACUUCUGCAAGAAGCACACGGUGUGUUCCACUGGACACGGGAUCAAAAACGAAGGAACCCCAUACAAAGACACAGAGUGUGAGCCAUGCAGAAAUGGUCACUAUGCAAAUGGAGCUGCAGGUAUCAUACAGUGCACCCCACACACAGCCUGCCAGGGUGAUGAGAAGCUGGUGAUCCACGGGACCAACUGGCACGACAGCAUGUGUGUUACUUGCAACACCAUCACAACAGAAGGCUGGCCCACCCUCAUCAAGCCUCUCCUCUCAGAGCUGUUCGCCCAGCAGAAACAGCGCCGUCUGCAAUGCCUUUAUCGCAUUCUUAAAUCAGAUGGGAAUGGCCCAAAUGGCGAGGCAUUGCAGCGUUGGCUCAGUGCGGCUUCAGAACAGCAGCUGACUGACCUCCCAGCCAUUCUGAUUAGGGUAAACCUGCACAGCCUGGCUGACAAAGUGGAGCAGAAAAUAAAGAGAUUCCAAGAAGAAGCCAAGUACUGUAGCAACACCAGAAUGUAAAGAAUCAUUUCAAUACCUCUGUAUUUGGUUGCAGCUUGGAUGUCUGUAGUCAUUUAACUCCAGAGUUUUUACCCAUCACUUAAAAUAAAAGAUGGAAUGAAGGCUUCCUGGAGUCACUUCAGCACUUCUAAAUAAUGUUUUUUAAAGUUUUGGGUUGUAAUUGAAACCCUAAAGCACAGACAACUCAACUGGCACUGAUUCUUAAAUUCACUGAUGUCUGUGUUGUAGUAAUGGCUGUAGCAGUGUGUGUUAGUCUACUGCACUGUCUUUUAAAAACUCUGUG